AUGCCAGUGUCGAUCCAGGAUAUUGAUACGGCUCACCGAGUGCCGUCUAUGAAGCCGUCAAAUCGACCUAAUGCAAUCGUUUGUAAGUUUGUACGAAGGCUAGCUAAAGACCAAGUAAUAGUGGCCAGGAAGAAAGUUGGUGGCCUCAAGGCCGAGGAACUUGGAUAUGCAGCUGAUAUCAAUGUCAAGUAUCUUAAUAUCUAUGAUCACUUAACGCCACGGUUACAAGCCUUAUAUCAUGAAGCAAAGAAAGUCAAAGAGGCUAAGAAGUACAAAUUUUGUUGGGCGAAAAAUGGCCUUGUGUAUCUUCGCAAGUCUGAAGAAUCCACAAUUUACAAAUUCGCCGACCUUUCUGAGCUU